CGGUGACCCGCCCCGCGAGCUCGUGCUGCAUGGAGCGGCUGCAGAAGCAACCCCUGACGUCCCCCGGGAGCGUCAGCUCCUCCCGAGACUCCAGCGUGCCCGGCUCACCCUCCAGCAUCGUGGCCAAGAUGGCCAAUCAGGUGCUAGGCUAUAAGGACCUGGCUGCCAUCCCCAAGGACAAGGCCAUCCUGGACAUUGAGCGGCCUGAUCUCAUGAUCUACGAGCCUCACUUUACCUAUUCCCUCCUGGAACACGUGGAGCUGCCCAGAAGCCGGGAGCGCUCGCUGUCACCCAAAUCCACAUCCCCCCCACCAUCACCGGAGGUGUGGACGGAGAGCAAGUCCCCUGGAAUCAUCUCUCAGGCUUCAGCCCCGAGAACCACUGGCACCCCCCGGACCAGUCUGCCCCAUUUCCACCAUCCUGAGACCACCCGCCCAGAUUCCAACAUCUAUAAGAAGCCACCCAUCUAUAAGCAGAGAGAGUCCAUGGGAGGCAGCCCCCAGAGCAAGCACCUCAUCGAGGACCUCAUCAUUGAGUCGUCCAAGUUCCCUGCGGCCCAGCCCCCGGACCCUAACCAGCCGGCCAAGAUCGAAACGGACUACUGGCCCUGCCCCCCAUCACUGGCCGUUGUGGAGACAGAAUGGAGGAAGCGGAAGGCAUCUCGGAGGGGCGUGGAAGAGGAGGAGGAGGAGGAGGAAGAAGAUGACUCAGGAGAGGAGAUGAAGGCUCUCAGGGAGCGUCAGAAAGAGGAACUCAGUAAGGUUACUUCCAACUUGGGAAAGAUGAUCUUGAAAGAAGAGAUGGAAAAGUCAUUGCCUAUCCGGAGAAAAACCCGUUCCCUGCCUGACCGGACACCCUUCCAUACCUCCUUGCACACCGGAACGUCCAAGUCAUCUUCUCUCCCUGCCUAUGGCAGGACCACCCUGAGCCGGCUACAGUCUACAGACUUCAGCCCAUCGGGGAGUGAGACUGGAAGCCCAGGUCUGCAGAACGGAGAGGGCCAGAGGGGGAGGAUGGACCGGGGGAACUCCCUGCCCUGUGUGCUGGAGCAGAAGAUCUAUCCCUAUGAAAUGCUGGUGGUGACCAACAAGGGACGAACCAAGCUGCCUCCAGGUGUGGACCGGAUGAGGCUUGAGAGGCAUCUAUCCGCCGAGGACUUCUCAAGGGUAUUCGCCAUGUCUCCAGAAGAGUUUAGCAAGCUGGCUCUUUGGAAGCGGAAUGAACUGAAGAAGAAGGCCUCUCUCUUCUGAUCGCCCCCGCCCAUGACUGCCCCCUCACCCUGCUGCUUCGGGGCUCUGGAGCUGGGGUCGCAG